AUGGUGCCAGGAAGCGAGCCAACCAAACUGGAGGGCCAACACCAGCACCAUGAAUAUCUUGCGGCAGGCAAAUUAAAGGGCAACAAAGCUCUGGUCACGGGCGGAGAUUCUGGCAUCGGCCGCUCGGUAGCAGUCUUGUUCGCUCGAGAGGGCUCUGAUGUCACGAUUGUGUAUCUUCCAGAAGAAGAAGAGGAUGCAAAAGAGACCAAAAAAAUGGUCGAGAACGAAGGUAGAAAGUGUCUAUUGAUCCCGGGAAAUUUGAUGGAUAAAGACACUUGUCUUGAUGCAGUCAACAAGCAUGUCAAGGAAUUUGGCGUUAUUCACACGCUUGUUAACAACGCCUCCAAGCAAAUCAUGUGUACCGAUUUUGCCGAAAUUGACCUCGACAAUGUCGAGAGCACAUUUAGGAGCAAUAUUCUGCAAAUGUUUGCCAUGACGAAGUUUGCGUUGCCUCAUAUGCGCAAGGGCGGGUCAAUCAUCAAUACGACAUCUACUGUCGCCUUUCGAGGAACGGCUGCAAUGGUGGAUUACUCAGCAACAAAGGGUGCCAUUGUCUCUUUCACCAGGUCCUUAGCGAAGCAGCUGCUGCCCAAGGGUAUCCGCGUAAACGCGGUCGCCCCUGGGCCGGUUCAUACCCCAUUGCAGCCUGCUUCACGACCACCAGAGCAGAUGGAAGGAUUCGGAAAGUCGUCCCAGAUUGGACGACCUGGCCAACCAAGUGAAGUAGCGCCCAGCUUCAUUUUUCUCGCCUCCAAGGACUCAGAGCUGUAUUAUGGCCAGGUGUUACACGCAUAUCCGCUUGGAGAUUAG